AUGCAGUACGCGCCGUAUGCGUCCGAUAUCGAGCUGCCGUUCUACACGGCGCUCGCCUCACAUAAGAUCAACCAUGAUAAGCUCAAUGACUCCGCCCGAUCCGUGCUGGGGCUCUAUGAGAUCCGCUCCACCGAUGCAGACAAUGCGAGUUGUCGAAUCCAGAUCCAUGGAAAUGCUCUGGUGAACACCGAGGCACCAGCGAGUUAUUACCGAGCCGAAGGCAUGAUCAAGAAUGUCAACACGAUCGAAGACUAUCGUAACAUGGACAAGCAGCAGAUGAUUCUCCAGGCAGGGAAAACGAUCUGGGAUGCUAUCAACGACGGCACGAUCUACUCCUGCCCCUCUUUGCUAUCGUCCUUCAUUAUUCUCUCCUUUGCCGAUUUGAAGAAAUAUAAGUUUUACUACUGGUUUGCGUUCCCCGCCAUCCACUCCGAUCCAUCCUGGGUUCCCGUGGCUUCAGCCGAGUCCCAGGCCGCCGGUGCACCCCCAGGCGAGCACCUCGCUUCUCAAGACAGCGCUGCUCUGGUAGAUGCUGUGCAAACAUGGAGCUAUGGAGUUGAUAGCCGACAGCGUGGGUUCUUCUUGGCCCGCAAGCUGCGCACUUCCUCCGGGAACUCAUCCCAGAGCUCAUGGCGAAUUGCCGAGUUGUCGGAAUACGAGAAAGACUUUUUCACAGGCGCAGCAUCCGAAGACCGGUAUGUCUGCUUCGCCGACCCUUCUAAUUAUGAGAACGCUCCCGGCUGGAUGCUUCGCAAUCUUUUGGUGCUUGUGAAGCAACGGUGGGGUCUAGAUCGAGUGCAGAUUCUACGAUAUCGCGACGUCCAAUCAAAGCGUGAUCAGGGUCGCAGCAUGGUUAUUCGUCUGGAAUCGAAGCCUGUCGGAGGUGAUGCGACCUCGAUUGCCAAACCAGAGCUAACACCCAUUCAAAUGCCCAAAAUCACUGGCUGGGAGCGUAACCCAGCCGGAAAGUUGGCGGGCAGGAUCGUGAACCUAACGGAAUAUAUGGAUCCAACCAGGCUGGCAGAUCAGUCGGUCGACCUCAAUCUCAAACUCAUGAAAUGGCGCAUUAGCCCUUCACUGAAUCUCGAGAAGAUCAAGCACACCAAAUGUCUUUUGCUCGGGGCCGGUACUCUCGGGAGCUACGUUGCCCGUAACCUGUUGGGAUGGGGAGUGAAGAAAAUUACUUUUGUGGACUCAGGCACUGUUUCAUUCUCUAACCCUGUCCGUCAACCGCUCUUUACAUUCUCCGACUGCUUGAAUGGCGGCGCACCAAAGGCUCAUCGGGCAUCAGAGGCCUUGAAGGAAAUUUACCCAGGGGUGGAAACAUCCGGGCAUCUUCUUUCAGUACCCAUGGCUGGUCACCCGAUUAUGGACGAGGAUGCGACACGAGCAGAAUUCGAAGCUCUGCAAAAGCUCAUUGACGAGCAUGAUGCGAUAUUCCUUCUCAUGGACACAAGAGAGUCAAGGUGGCUACCCACGGUGAUGGGAAAAGCAGCGGGGAAGAUUGUAAUGAAUGCGGCAUUGGGUUUCGAUUCCUUCGUUGUUAUGCGUCACGGAAUCUCCGAGACUGGAGAUGCUCCGGCGAAUCUGGGAUGCUACUUCUGUAAUGAUGUAGUAGCACCUGCGAACUCGAUCAAAGACCAGACACUCGAUCAACAAUGUACCGUUACUCGCCCAGGAGUUGCCGCAAUCGCUUCUGCACUUCUAGUGGAACUCCUCGUCUCGAUCAUUCAGCACCCGCAAGGCGCCGCUGCACCAGCCCCAGUGACCCGCAGUGAUGACCGAGGAGACCAUCCCCUAGGGCUCGUACCACAUCAAAUCCGAGGAUUCCUCGCAACGUUUGAGAAUCUCACAGUUACCGGUCAGAGUUACUCGUGCUGUAGCGCUUGUUCGGACAGGAUCACAGGUGCAUACCGAGAACAAGGCUGGGACUUUGUUCGAAAGGCCCUCAACGAGCGAGGGUAUGUGGAGGAGCUGAGUGGACUCAAAGAGGUCCAAGAGAAGGCCGAGGCAGCUUUGGCCGACGUAGAGUGGGACGAAGCCUCGGAUAAUGACGAGAUUGAAAUGCUGUGA